UAUUUCAAUUUCCCUCCAAAUUAUAAAAAAAUAAUUACACAGGAUUUUAUUUUCUUGAGCAUCCCAAAGUUUAACUCUGAUUCAAUAUUGGGAGUUAUUCGAAUCCUUCACUGGGAUUUUUGUUUGCUGAAUCUGCAUAUUUUUGCAAAUUCAAAUCAUUUUCAUCACUUGCCUUCUUAUUUUUAUCCUUCAAUACGUGUUGUUAAGACUAUUCAACUUAUUUUCGGGAUUAAGCUUACAAUUUUUAAUUACUUAUUAUUGCAAUUAUCUUGAUCAUCGUCUUCGAAUUGGAACCAUGGAGUCAAGGAACAAGAGUGAUUACCAAAUGCAAAGAGUAUCCUCUCCAUCAGUCAUUGUCAUCGGCAGUGGUUUUGCGGGCAUUGCAGCUGCACGAGCUCUUCAUGAUGCUAUGUUCCAGGUAAUUGUGUUGGAAUCUCGGGAUAGAAUUGGUGGUCGAGUUCACACCGAUUAUUCAUUUGGUUUUCCUGUUGACUUGGGUGCAUCAUGGUUACAUGGAGUUUGCAAGGAGAAUCCAUUGGCACCUGUCAUUGGGAGACUGGGACUACCCCUGUAUCGUACUAGUGGGGACAACUCAGUUUUGUAUGACCAUGAUUUAGAAAGCUACGCGUUGUAUGAUAUGAAUGGAAAUCAAGUUCCUCAAGAUCUGGUCUCAAAGACUGGUGAAACAUUUGAGAGCAUCUUGAAAGAGACUGAUCUAGUAAGACAGGAAUUUAGUGGGGACACGUCUAUACAACGUGCUAUCUCGAUUGUUUUCGAAAGAAGGCCAGAUUUAAGGUUGGAGGGGCUCGCUCAUAAGGUGCUUCAAUGGUACCUAUGCAGAAUGGAAGGAUGGUUUGCUGCAGAUGCUGAUACCAUCUCAGUUAAAUGCUGGGAUCAGGAAGUGCUGCUUCCCGGUGGGCAUGGGUUUAUGGUCAGGGGUUAUCUUCCUGUUAUUAAUACACUGGCCAAAGGUCUUGAUAUUCGGUUGGGCCACAGAGUUACGAAAGUAGGAAGACGUUAUAAUGGAGUGAAAGUAACGGUAGAAGAUGGGAGAACCUUUAUAGCAGAUGCUGCCAUUGUUACUGCACCUCUUAAGGAGAGGAUGCUGGUGACUCCGACCAUUAAGGAAAAGGCGAAGGAGAUAGCAGAUACAUGGAAAGGUGAUGUCAGCAAAGAACGUUGA